CUUGGCUCGGUCAGCUGGGCGGGCGCGGGGGCCGCGGCGGGCGCUGAGGGCGCUCGCGGGGCCCGCGGGGCCGAUCCAUGCUGCUCACUCUGUUUCGCUCUUCCUCUUCCUGCACCACGCUUAUUUACAAUAACUCUCCCUCCCAUCGCAUCCCUCUGUCGUCGCUGUUUUUUCUGCAUCCGCGUCCGUCCACUCUCGGCACACGCUUCCGUCCGACGCUCGACGAGAGCAGACAACGACUGUGACUGGCCGGCCGGUUCGGCGUACGGCCGCGGCACGGGCGUCGCUCGCGUCGUCUGUCUGUUUCUGUUGUGCCUCGAGUGCUGCUGACGCUCGACUGCGAGUCCUGUGCCGGCGCGGCGCGGCGAGUGGGAGGAGAGGUUUUCAGUGAUUUGUUGGAGCCGCGGUUGAAAAGUGCUACCAUGGCGGUCGUGUGCGUCGGCAUCGACCUGGGCGCGACGAACUCCGUGGUGGCCGUGUGCAGGAAGGGCAAGGUGGACGUGAUCGCCAACGACAGCGGCUCUCGCACCACGCCGAGCGUCGUCGGCUUCCUGGACGGGGAGAGCUUCGUGGGCGAGGCCGCCAAGGACCUGCCCGCCGACAGCCAAAUGUUCGACGCCAAGCUGCUGCUGGGUCAGAAGGACGUCAGUCCCUUGAAGGUGUCGACGGACUGGCCCUUCAAGGUGGUCCAAGAGGGUGGCGUGCUCAAGAUGAAGCUGCCCGGAUCGGGCGCGCUGCAGCCCUACGAGGUGAUACUGUGA